UCCUCAUUCUCGUAUUAGAAAAAUGAAGAAAAUUAGUGCGAAAAUGUUGCUGCUGUUCGCUUUGUGUAUUUUCGCCAUAAUUUUUUCGACUCACUGUCACGUGAUACACCCGCCGGAAGAAACUGACGACCCGGGGCAUCCUCGCAUUCAUUGCUCGGAUAUAACGGUCAGCUCGAUGGUUGGAAAAAUUUUGCUGCAGACCAGCACCAACGAGCCCAUCAAUCGUAUGGUCGACUUUUGGAUCGCGUCGAACAAUCACAGACACGCGGUGAAGAUUCUCUCGAACGACUGGCCGGAAUUGGGCGCUUUCAAUAGCAGCUCGUUCGAUCCGACGAGAAAAACGGUCAUCAUCAUUCAUGGCUACAAAUCGGCGGGCUCGGUUUCUUGGGUCAUAAACAUGAAGGAGCAUCUGUUGGCUGUCAAAAAGCGAAAUGUCAUAAUAGUCGAUUGGAGCGACAGCAGCCACCUCAAAAACUACGUUAACGCCGCGCGAAAUCUCGAAAUCGUAGCCAGGCGCAUUCUUCAUUUCCUCUAUCUGUUGAAAGCCAAGCUGAAAGGUCAGCCGGGCAAGCAUCGCUGGAAUCAGCUGCACUUCAUCGGUCACAGCUUGGGCGCCCAGAUGAGCGGCAUAACCGCCCACCUGCUCAAGAGUCACAAUUACUUCACGGUGAAGAGGAUCACGGGUCUGGAUCCGGCCCAGCCCUGCUUCAAGGGCGUCCAUCUGAGCCUGCGGCUCGACAAGGAGGACGCCGAGUUCGUCGACGUGAUUCACACGCAGACCGGCAAGAGGGUAGCCGGCGUCGAGCCGCUGGGACUGCGCGAGCGAGCGGGUCACGUGGACUUCUACGUCAACAGCGGUGUCAAUCAGCUGGCCUGCAAAGUCCCGAAACUAUAUCCACUUGCAGGAUUGACCAAGAUGAUGUGCAGUCAUGGAAUGGCUCACAAGUACUUUAUCGAGUCGAUGGCUAAUUUGAUAACCAAAAAGGACUGUAAGUUUUUGAGCUACCCCUGGGAUGGUUCGUACGAGAGUGCUCUGAAAGCAGCUAAUGACGCUCGGAAUAAUCAUCGGUGUGCCAAUUGUCCUCUAAUGGGAAUAGAGGCGUCGAAAACUGGAUACUUGGGAAUGUUGAUAGUUUUCGCCGGUAGAGAGGAGCCUUAUUGCGAAUACGACAAAGAGAAAGACGUAGACGCAGUAUUACGAAUGAUUCAAAAAAUCGAGGAUCCCUUGGACGAUUCCGACAUUUUCAAUUGAAAAUUAAUCGAUUUCAGCCGGAGAACGUCUGGCACUCAAUAGAGAAAAAAGCGUCAGUGACAUUUCGUGAUGUAUCUAUAUUCAAUAGCUAAAGCAAUAA